AGGGGAGAGAGAUCGCAGUGAAGAGACCUUUGCUGAUCUCAGACAAGGGAACGGAACUUGUCCUGAACGAGAUGAAACUGCUGCUGGGGUCUGCACACCACCAAAAUAUUGUCAAGUUUCUGGGUUUUUGUUCACACCGUGAAGAGAUGCUGCUUGUAUUUGAUUUUGCAAGAAAUGGCAGCCUUGAUUACCUUCUAUUUAAUUCAAAGACUGGUAGAGCAAACACGCUUGACUGGAAGCGAACAUAUGCCAUAAUCAUAGGUGUUGCCCGGGGCUUGCUUUACCUUCAUGAACGAUCACACAGUGUAAUUAUCCACUGUGACAUCAAACCCGCCAACAUCAUAAUAGAUGAAAAUUGGGUCCCCAAAAUUGCUGAUUUUGGCACGGCCAGGCUCUUCCCUCAAGAUCAAACGCAUGUUAAUAUUAGUGAAGCUGCCGGUACCGUUGGGUAUGCGGCUCCCGAGUACCAGAAUUAUGGACACAUCUCUCCGAAGGCGGACAUAUACAGCUUUGGGGUAGUGGUUUUGGAGCUGACAAGCGGUCAGAAGUAUUGGCUUUCCCAUGCCCAGUCUUCCAAUGCUCAAAGUCUACGGGAUAGUGCAAAUGAGCUCUACAAGGAAGGAAAGGUGUCACAGUUUAUGGACCGGAAAUUGAUACCAUCGGCUGUCCUUGAUCAAGUACAAUUGUGUGUACAGAUUGGGGUGAUGUGCACACAAUUUGAUCCAGAACUACGACCCACCAUGGGUCGCGUGUACUCAAUGCUGUCAGAGAACUAUAGCAGCAGCAGCAGCACCCUAGUUGAAGAACCGAUGAGAGAUGGAUCAUCAUCAUCAUCAUCCACAGUUGGAAUUUCGGGUCAAAAAGAGCUCGGUAAUAAUGGAUCAUCAUCUGGGACAGACAUUCACUUGGAGAACGAAGGCCUACCCAUACGCAGACGACUAACCCGUUCUCGACAAAUCCAGCCAGAGGAUGUGCAAUCUUACAUACCCUCCAUUUCAGGCUCCUCAUGUAGUAGUAUAGGCCCAACUGAGCUCGCUAACAAUGGAUCAUCAUCUGGGGUAGACAUUCACUUGGAGAACGAGGACCUAUCCAAACACCGACGACUAACCCGUUCUCGACGAAUCCAACCAGAGGAUGUGCAAUCUUACAUACCCUCCAUUUCAGGCUCCUCAUGUAGUAGUAUAGGCCCAACUGAGCUCGCUAACAAUGGAUCAUCAUCUGGGGUAGACAUUCACUUGGAGAACGAGGACCUAUCCAAACACCGACGACUAACCCGUUCUCGACGAAUCCAACCAGAGGAUGUGCAAUCUUACAUACCCUCCAUUUCAGGCUCCUCAUGUAGUAGUAUAGGCCCAACUGAGCUCGCUAACAAUGGAUCAUCAUCUGGGGUAGACAUUCACUUGGAGAACGAGGACCUAUCCAAACACCGACGACUAACCCGUUCUCGACGAAUCCAACCAGAGGAUGUGCAAUCUUACAUACCCUCCAUUUCAGGCUCCUCAUGUAGUAGUAUAGGCCCAACUGAGCUCGCUAACAAUGGAUCAUCAUCUGGGGUAGACAUUCACUUGGAGAACGAGGACCUAUCCAAACACCGACGACUAACCCGUUCUCGACGAAUCCAACCAGAGGAUGUGCAAUCUUACAUACCCUCCAUUUCAGGCUCCUCAUGUAGUAGUAUAGGCCCAACUGAGCUCGCUAACAAUGGAUCAUCAUCUGGGGUAGACAUUCACUUGGAGAACGAGGACCUAUCCAAACACCGACGACUAACCCGUUCUCGACGAAUCCAACCAGAGGAUGUGCAAUCUUACAUACCCUCCAUUUCAGGCUCCUCAUGUAGUAGUAUAGGCCCAACUGAGCUCGCUAACAAUGGAUCAUCAUCUGGGGUAGACAUUCACUUGGAGAACGAGGACCUAUCCAAACACCGACGACUAACCCGUUCUCGACGAAUCCAACCAGAGGAUGUGCAAUCUUACAUACCCUCCAUUUCAGGCUCCUCAUGUAGUAGUAUAGGCCCAACUGAGCUCGCUAACAAUGGAUCAUCAUCUGGGGUAGACAUUCACUUGGAGAACGAGGACCUAUCCAAACACCGACGACUAACCCGUUCUCGACGAAUCCAACCAGAGGAUGUGCAAUCUUACAUACCCUCCAUUUCAGGCUCCUCAUGUAGUAGUAUAGGUAGUAUAGAUAAUUCCUAUAAGUCCCAUUUGCAUCAUCAACUACAAACAUGAUUUGUAUUAUUUUUUUGCAGGC